GCGGUUUCCUGCGCGGCGGGAGCGCCGGGGCCAUGGACGCGGCCCCCGUCCGCACCGGGCUUCCCGUGGAAGAUGUGGAUUCAGCCUUGCAGAAGGGCCUGGACAGCGACUCGGACAGCGGGCAGGGCAGCUGCCAGGCAGGCUCCCCGGGGGGCUGCAGCCAGGGGACAGGCUCCCCCCAGCACACAGGGGACAGAGAUUCAGAGGAAGAGAUUUUUGUAUGUAAAAAAGCAAAAGGCAAGAAGGUGUUUGAGGACAGUGAGAGUGAAGAUGAAGAGGAUGGCAGCUCUUCUGUGCAGAAUGACACUCUACGUGGAGACAAGGAAAAUGAAGAGGAGAAAGAGAACAUUAGUGCCCUGAGGAAGAAGAAAUCUCAUUGGAUUCAGCAGGGUCUGCUGGAUAGUGAUGACAGUGACUCUGGUGACCAAUUGCAGACUGAAAACCUUGAGAGAAGCAGAAUGUCUGACUCACCUGAGGAGGAGCUGGAAGAGGAGAGACCCCUAAAAUCAGGAAAACAGAACAGAAAACCUAAACAGCAUAAACAUGAUUUUGAAGAAGAGGCAGCAAAAAAAGCUGUAGGGAAAUCAAGAAGAAGGAAGCAGAAGGAGGGGAAAAUUGAGUUAAUUAAACAGCUGAAAAAAGAAAAGAAGCCCAGAGCAGAGGCAGAUGGUGGUGAGAGGCUUCCUUUGAAUGACAGUGGGUGCCUUCUUGAUGACAAAGAGCUUUUUGACAAUGGCUUAGGAGAGGAGGAUGAUUCCCCCCCCGAGGACGAGGAGUCGAUAGAAUCGAUACGAGCGGCAGUGAAGAACAAAAUAAAAAAACACAAGAACAAAGAAAAGUUUCCUGAGGGCGAAGGCUGCAAACAUGUGUUUGAUGAUGAGGAAGAGGAGCCUGCAUUGAAAGAACCAAAAAGGAAGGAACGAAAAGCAGCAAGGUUAAGUAAAGAAGCCAUUAAGCAGCUACAUAGUGAGACCCAAAGACUUAUUAGAGAAUCAUCUGUGUCUCUCCCAUAUCAUGUGCCUGAGGCCAAAAGUGUUCAUGACUUCUACAAGCGCAGACCUCGGCCAGCGUGGCAGGGAAGUGCCAUGGCUCUGCUGAAGUCCACUAAAUACCAGCUGCCCCCAACUGAAGAACCUGCAGACACCAAGAACUUGAGCACAGAUUGCAAGGAUGGGAAAACAGAAGGUGGUCAGUCAGCAGCUAAUGAAGCAGGAAUGAGCCUUGGCAGAGAUGUUGAUACUACUGUGAACAAGCCUCUUGCUGAUGUAGGGGAGAACUUGGCAGAAGACUGUGCUGGAAAGCCCAGGCAGGACAGUGAUGGCUCCAGCACAGGCAGGACUGCAGCAGCUGAUGGUGAUUCAGAAGAGCCCUCCAACCUCCUCAGCACUGACUGUGGUGAAGAGCAAGAGAAUGAAAUUCCUCUGGCAGCUGAGGGAGAUGCCCUUGAGCAAAGAGACCAAACAGCACCAGACACAGCCUGUGAAAAAAGCAAUCGAGUGGGGCCUGGGUUGGUGCCACAGCCCGAAAAAGUGAGGAAGUCCAAGCUGGAUAAACUUCGUGAGCUGGGAAUAGACCUGUCCAUCCAGCCAAGAAUCUGCUCUGACAACCAAUCCUUUAUAAACCUUGAUGAGUCUGAUUCAAAUAAAGAGCUGGAAGCCUUGAAAGCACGUUUCCUGAAACACACUCUUGGAGCAUCCAAAUCCAAAGGUGAACGGACCAUAAACAUGAACAUUGUUCGUAAGGAAACAACAUCAGAAGGGAAAGAGGAGCUGAAAGCAGAUGUGGUGCCAGCAGUGCUGGCUGCAGAGAGCCUGGAUGAAACAGCCCACACAAAGCCAGGUGAGAAGCUACAAGCUCUGAAGGCAAAGCUGCAGGAGGCCAUGAAGCUCCGCAGGACUGAGGAGCGCCAGAAGAGACAAGCACUGUUUAAACUGGAUAAUGAGGACGUGCUGGAGGAAGAGGAGGAGGAAGAGGAGGAGGAAGAGAUGACAGAUGAAUCUGAGGAAGAGGAAGAAGGCAAUGAGAACAUGGAAUUUCUGCUUGAUGAAGCAGAGGAAGAUAAUGAAGAAACAGAAGAGAAACAUCUAGAGGAUGGUGAUAAAGAAACUGACAAAGAGUCAGUUGAUGGAGAAAAGCUGGAGAAAUCUGUGCACUGUGAUUCUGUUCCCAAACCACCUUCAACAGAGUCAACGUUGAUGCUUUUCAAGGACAGCUCCUCAAAAAUGGGAUAUUCUCUUCCUGAUGAGAAACUUGAAAUGGAAGAAGCUGCAGACAAAGGGCCUACCAAGUUAGAGGAUGAGGAUUCCUUUUCUCUGCCCACCCUGGCAAAGGAGAGCAGCCACAACAGCAGCUUUGAACUGAUUGGCUCCAUGAUCCCCUCCUAUCAGCCCUGUAACAAACAGAUGUCACGGGGGGGAAACUUCUUGUCUGCAGCAGGAGGUUUCAGGUCACCUUCCCCAGGUUUCUUCAAAACCAGUUUUAUCAGCUCUGCUUCCAAGAGCUCAGGAAAGACGUCUGAGCCCUCUCUUCCCAUCGAGGAUUCCCAGGACCUGUAUAAUGCCUCUCCUGAGCCCAAGAGUUUAUUUCCAGGGGCUGGGGAGUCACAGUUUCAAUUUUCUUUGGAAGAUGACACCCAGAGUCAGCUUCUUGAUGCAGAUGGGUUCUUGAAUGUUGGACAACACAGGAAUAAAUACCAGUCCUCAAAGCACCAGCUGACUCUGGCUAGUAUGGAUGAGAAUGCCAUGGAUGCCAACAUGGAUGAGCUACUGGACUUGUGCUCUGGGAAGUUCAGCAGCCAGGCUGAGCAUGUGCCAAACACCAGCAGCCACAAAAAGCAGAACAUGGAAGAGUUGCUCAAUCUUUGUUCAGGAAAAUUUGUGACUCAGACAGGUUCUCCCACAUGGGCAUCUUCUGUAUCUUCCAAGGCAGAAAAGGACAGUGACACAGAAGAUCCAAUGGCAGAAGCUCUAGCACUUUGUUCAGGCUCCUUUCCCACAGACAGGGAAGAGGAAGAUGAGGAGGAGCAAGAGGAACUCGGUGACUUCCAGCUUGUGACAGAUGACAACGCCUUUGAUAGCGAAGAGGACAAAAAAGAUGGAGACAGUGAUGCUGAAGAAGCAGAAACAAGUGAUGAAGAAGAACAACUGCUGAGACAUAGACACGGCUUGAAGAAGAAACUAAGACUGCAGGAUUUCAUGGAAGAUGAGGCAGAGCUGUCAGGGAGUGAUGUGGGAAGCGAGGAUGAGUAUGAUGGUGAAGACCUGAAUGAAUACGAAGAAGAGAUUAUUGAUGAGGAGCUCCCUAAUGAAGAGGAAUUAGAAAAUCAAAUACAGAAAUUCCACAUGAAGGCGAUGCUUGAUGAUGACAAGCGCCAGUUGCGCUUGUACCAGGAGAGGUACCUCCUUGAUGGAGACCUGCACAGUGAUGGCCCUGGCAGGAUGAGGAGGUUCAGAUGGAAAAACAUAGAUUAUGCUUCCCAGAUGGACUUGUUUCAGAGAGAUUCAGAUAAUGAUGAUGAAAAUGAACAGUUUGAUGAGACAGAAGCAAAAUGGAGGAAGGAGCGAUUUGAGCGGGAGCAGUGGCUGCGGGAGCAGAAGGAAAAGAAUAUGGAGCAGGAGGAGGAAGAAGAAGAAAUUGGUGAAGACAGCCAAUUCAUGAAACUAGCAAAAAAAGUAACUGCCAAGUCCCUAGAGAGGAAAGCAAGCCCAGCAGUGGUGGUGCAAGAGACAACUCUGUUGCCCAGGAACCCAUUUGAAACCUUCAGACCUGCCAGUGACAUCCAGAUAAAAAGUGGGUCUCUCUUGAGCAGACCCAAAGCUGUCCUGCAGAAGCUUGCAGCCAUGUCAGAUCUUAAUCCCAAUGCACCUCGAAAUUCAAGGAAUUUUGUCUUUCAUACACUUUCCCCAGACAAAAGUGAAGAGGCAAAGGAGAAAUCAAAACUUCAGGUGAAGAAGAGAGGUCCUGCGGCAGCAGUAACACCUCUGGCCAAGCGGCCCAGGGUGGACAGCACAGAGGAAACCAGUCAGAGCCGAAGCAUAUUCCAGUACUUGGAGAGCUGAAUGUUCCUGUUCAGAGGUUGGAUCUUAUCUCUUUGCCAGUUGUGGCUUGUUUGGCAAAGCUACCAGCAGUCAUCAGGAAGGUCAACAGAUUGCUGUAUGUUCUCCUGCUGCCACUUAAUUCACAAGUUCCAGUCAUUUCCAGGCAGUGGUCUUUAUUCCCUUUUGUUUGCUCUUAGUGCUCUGUGGCAAAUGAGAGCACAAAAUCCAUGCUUGGUUUGGAAUGAAAUGUUCACUUGGUCUUCCCCAAGCAUUAAGGGAACUUACAGUAGUGUAUGUUGUCCUCACAGGGUCACAUGUGUCUGUGCUGUCUGGGAACACCACUGUGACCCAGCAGUGCUGCAGACAGCUCAGCACAGGGAGGAGGGAUUUCUGCAGCUGUGGGGAAGGAGGGAGCAGUGAUACUGUGCCAGAACAGUCUUGUUUACACCUGCAGUACAAAGGUACCUGUGGCUUCCCCCAGGGCCUUCUCUUCUCUCAUGCUAAGUAUUUAUUAGCUUGACAUUUUAAGAAGCUCUAAUUUAUAUUUGAAAUGUAGACUUCUAAAAAAGGUCCCAGGCUUUUAUGAGGCAAUAUGAUAAGGUUUUCUUUCCAGGUUUUUAUUCCUGUUUAUUCCAUUCUUACACAUGUGUAUGAGUGUGUGUGUGGAGAGAGGGAAGAAUGUAACAGAUGUGGGAGAGGAAAAGGUGUGACAGGUUUUUUAUUUGCUUUUUGGGGAGGGGAAUUUAAUUGUUUUACCCAACUGAAGCCUCUCAGAUCCUUCAUUCCAUUUUUGUCAAGCAAGCUGCAAUCACCCAAGAGAAACCAACCCUUUCUGAGCAGCCAAUCAUCAAAGGCCUUCUCUGGAAGGAGGAAAUUGGAUCAUAAGGAUCCAUCAUUCACAACUAUUCUAAAUAGCUUGAAAGAAACUUGAGACAGAAUAUACAGCAUUUCUGAUUACAUGUUAAAUGUGUUCCAGUAGAGACCCAAAAAGGGUAAGUCCUUCUCUGGAGGACUGAACAUCCUGCCAGGGCUCCAUGUCCUGUACUUGCUGCCUCUGUGGGAGCAGCAUCCUGAACUGUACAUUUUGUAACAUCAUAAGCAUAAGCCUGGUGUGCUGCAUGUAAAAUAUUUUACUGUAUAUUAUGUUUAUAAAUAAUUAUGGUACUAAUUGGAGGGCAACUUUACAAUAAAAUGUCUUUAAUUUUG